AUGGGCUCCACGCCGCACGGCACCCUACCCAGUGAAAACGGAGAGCGGGCCGGUUGCGGAGUUUUCUUUCUUCCUUGCCAAGGCAGCAAACCGAUCAGAAUCAGAAAUCACAGGACACAGAGAGACGGACAGACGGGCCGGGCCUAUAUACCCUGGAGGCCCCCAAUCCCCAGCAACCGACGAAGAAGAAGCGGAUCGAUCGAGUCGGCGAGAGCGAUGGCGGCGCUCCGGCACGCGGCGAGGCGUGCGCUCCAGCAGGGAGGAGCGCAGGUGAGGCCUUCGGUCGUGGCGGAGGGACCUCGGCGGCUCUUGCUAAACGGCGCUUCCCCUGCCCGCCGGCCCAUGUCCACCUCCUCCAUCAGUCGCAAGCCGACAUCUAGUGCCAAGCCUCACGGCGAGCUGGAAUUGCUGGAAAUGCGAUUCAAGAAGACGAAGGAAGAGUUGUUUGAUUUGCUCGUAGCAGUGAGAAGGGCAGAACUUUACCCACAGUUGUCCUGGGAAGACAUCCAAACUCAUCGGCUCAUCACUCACCUUGCUGCUCAAGUGGAGCCUAGGCCUCACGACCCCAAUUGGCGCAUGUUUCGACGAACAAGAAGACUCAACGAUUUUAACACUAUAACCGUUCCUCUGGGAUAUUUUGGUCUGUUCGCCUACUGCGUGGCAACUAACAUGAGAGAAGAUGGCGCUACAAGCAAGAAUAGUGAAGCCAAUUUCGUCUCCGAGCCAGAGAACGAUAUGAACUAGCUUUAUAUCAGAAGUCUAGAUAGUCUAUGAUAUGAACUACCCCCUCCGUUCCUAAAUAAGUGUCGUUUCAAAUAUGAACUAGCUUUGUAUUACAAGUCUAGAAAGUCUCCUGAGCGUAUGUAAUUAGUAAUAUGACAUCUAGUUGUAGUUGUAGGAUUUGCUGGAUGCUGGCAACGGUAAUGGAAUCAGCCUGAAGUUGGAGUGGUUGUGCAAGUCCUUUUAAAUUAACUAUUAUGUGACGAAAGAGAAACAGAAAAUCAAGCGAUAUCUUUAUGUUUA